UUCAUUAAAAAUCAAAAACAAUUUUUUAAGAAUCUGUGGUUGUGGUUUGUUCUGCUGCUACUUCCCUUUCUCUCUGUUGAAGGCCACCUGACUCAGAGAGAAACAGACAAGCAGUGACGACUGGUCAAAACCGAGUUCACUCAGUUUUUAGCUUUUCCACUGAUCGGGAUGUCUACAGAUAUUCAAGCUGAGUCAGAUUUGAGGGUGAAAUAUAUCAGAGGAGUCCAAGAGGACAGAAGACAAAGAGAGAAAAACCAGGUGGAGAUGUUUGAGGACGGAGAGCAGCAGACUGGCGUUUGGUUACAAACAGCUGAAGGCCACACUGAGAAGAACCUUCCAGCUGUCAGUAGAAGCUGGUCCAGAGCUUUUACAGUGUCUCUGGGAGUGCUGUGUCUGCUGACACUGGCUGGGAUCAUCACACGCUAUAUUUUAGUCACUUUAGAAAAAGACCAGCUGGAGACCAGACACAACAACCUGAGCGACAGUUACAACCAGCUCCAAGGAAAACUCUUACGAAUGAAAGUCAACUUCACUCAGUUACAGGAUGAAGUAAAGAAGCUGAAUCAAAUAAUCGAAGUGAACGGCUGUCCUGAAGGAUGGAAGAGAUUUGGAUGCAGUUGUUACUUUAAAUCCACUGAGGUGAAAAGUUGGUAUGACAGCAGGAAAGACUGUCAGGCCAGAGGAGCUGAUCUGGUGAUCAUAAACAGCAGAGAGGAACAGGAGUUUGUCACAAAGCUGAAUAACAAUGGAGAGUCCUGGAUUGGUCUAACAUCAACGAAGAAAAACCGAGGAUACACAUGGGAAUGGGUGGACGGAUCACCACUGACACAAACGUUUGGUGCGACAGAACAGCUGAAACAUCAAGCAGACUGGGAAUAUGUAGCAUUCUGUGAUCAACAAGGAAAAUGGAGAGGAUUUCAUGAUUCAAGUCAUAGUUACAUUCACAAAAACUGGAUCUGUGAGAAAUAGAUUUCCUGCUUUCACUGAAGGCAGAGGGGUGUGUGGUGUUGGGAUUAAGUGGUUUCUCACAUGAGAUGAAAGACAGCUAUUUUUUAUAAUGAAAGUUAAUUUCAGGUUAUCCUUAAUUAGAUUUACGUGGUUCACUAAUGAGUCUGUUUCUGCUAAAACUACUCUGUGUGUCCUCUUUAUUUUCUCUGGUUCUCCUGGAGUUAGCAGCUGCUUGUUUUUACCUACCUGUGAGGACCUUCACCGGGAAUGUAAAACACCAGCGAAGCUAGUCCUGCUAAUUGUGAAUCCAUGAAUACGUAUACGUAAUAUAUGAAUCAGUGAUAGGUUACAUUAGAAUAACAGGUUUCAUCUGAAGACCCUGAACAGAUGAAGUCGAUUAUUCAAUUAUUAUGUAAUGUAUGAUGUGGCUUUCUUUUUGUCAGUGUUAACAGUGGACAACAAAUUAUCUGCUUUAGCUACACGCUAUGUUACAACACCAACAUUGAAAAUUUACCAUUUAAGUUCUUAUCACUGAACAUCAGAACUUCUUGAAGAAGUUAGUUCCUCUACCAGAGAAAAUAUUAAUAACUGUACAGUUCACACAUCAAGUUUCCUGUGUCAGUAACUGCUUCUUUCUUCUGCAGGCUUUAACAAAUGUAUUCACAUGUAUGUGCACAUUGCUGCUGCUGAGUGUAUCUCUGCAUAAUGACAGAAUAAAGUCAAAUCAAAGCUUUUCA